CAGACCUCAGCCGGAUCUUGUAAUACCUUUCCGAUUACCUCAAACCAAUGUGUUAUCUUAUUAUAGAUGUUGUUCUCGUGGCGUUCCCAGGCCAUCGCCCUUACUCGCCGUGAUCUGAGUGCUGGAUGAUGCUUCUGGAAGCCCUGAGGCCAGUUCUUGCUCGGAGGCUUGGCUGCUUUGUUCGUCGAACGCUGACGGGCGAUACUGAAAGCGAGGGUAGGUAGGCACUUGAUUCGCACAGGAUUCCCGAGGUCACCCAUUAGUUUCAAGUAAUUUUCGAGGGCUUUCUCCUCCGAUGGAGUGAGAUACUAUUGGCCCUGGGCCUUCUCUUCUCUCGAGGGCCGCCCAUGAUCGCGAUAGUAAAGGGUAGUCAGAGGGACUCCACUGCGUUUCGAUCUAGCAUCGUAUGUUCGAGGCUCUCCCGGCAGGGAGGCCUCUGCCAGGGCUUUACUGGCGCGGUCGCUCAUGAAGCAUUACCUCCGUACCUUACAUGGAGAUGGGGAUGGGGAUUGGCACGACAGCCUUUAACAUCGACGCCCUCCGUCUUGACGAAUCCCAGACCAAAGAGCUCGGAAAAGAAGUAAGAGAAUUUUGCGCCUUGAAAUCAUCUGACCAGCCGAUUACCCGCGACAUGGCGAAGAAUUUGAUGAUAGAGCUUUGCUACCGGAAUGGUGUGGCCGACAAGUACUGGUCGAAACACCCCCCUGAUAUUCCUUCGGAAGAGACAAUUGAAAAAACAAUUAUCCAGAUGAUAUUAAAUACAUCUUCCGUCUCGAAUUCUGCCAUAGGCAUUGGAAACCAAUCUCGAAGACCAUAUGCUGAGGAACCCAGCUCCAGCAGAUCUCGAAGACGUUCAGAUAAAGCUGUGCUAUCGUCGGAGGCACAGCAACCAGCCUGCCAACAAUCAAAUCAUCGGACUACUAUUGCGAAGGACGGAAAAGCUAUGGUGAAGAGGAGGGCGGGGAAGAGACCUGAAUACGAGCCUUUGUGGGAUUCAUCAGGAGAAGUUCCGAUGAACCACGCGGCUAGGGAAGUUGUACGACUGAGAACUCUGGCCGCCGAAGAUGAAGAGGAAGAUGAGGGGAUGUUCCGACUUGAAUCAGCAAGUCAAAUUCGCUGAAGAGGAGAGUAUGGAAUUUAGCUGCGUCUACUUCAGAGAUUAUUGGGUUGACCAGGACUCCGCACUUCUCGACACUACGUUUAGCCAUGGUCAACUUGAGCUCAUAAUCAUCAGGAGAGGCUAUACUCAAGGCUGGUGGGCAUUGGCUCUCCGCCAGCUUGGGCAAUUGCUUCGAUACAAGAUACAGAGCAAACCCCAAUCCGGAGGCUCAAGAGCAUGAGAAGCACGUGGGAAUGGUGUUGGGUGAUGAAUGGGCUUGGGUUUCUCACUCCAGCCCCUGAGAAUUUCGAAGAUGGCAAAUGGGAAUUUCCGGUGGAGUUUCUACGCCAGCUCGCAGCAGCCCAGACGCGAUUGUACACUGAGACUCACGGAAAAGUUAGGUAGAUCAUGGGCGAGAGAAUUGAUUUGAAC